AUGAAUAUUCGACAGGCUACAGUUGAGGACUUGAUGUCCAUGCAAAACUGCAACUUGCUCAAUUUACCAGAAAACUAUCAAAUGAAAUACUAUUUAUACCAUGCUUUGUCAUGGCCUCAGCUGUCUUAUGUUGCUGAAGAUCACAAGGGUCGAAUUGUCGGUUACGUUUUGGCCAAGAUGGAGGAGGAGCCUACUGAUGUCCCCCACGGACACAUUACAUCUCUAUCAGUUUUGCGAACAUAUCGACGACUCGGUUUAGCUGAGAAACUUAUGACUCAAUCGCAGAAGAUGAUGGUGGAAGCUUUUGGUGCUCACUACGUGUCAUUGCACGUCCGAAAGACCAACCGUGCCGCACUUUCUUUAUACAAGGAUACGCUCAAAUUCAAUGUUGAAGGAAUAGAAAAGAAAUAUUACGCUGAUGGUGAAGAUGCAUACGCCAUGCGAAAGAAUCUGAUUGAUACCAAAAAGUCAGUACCACGCGGUGUCGUAGAGGAGAUCAAUCCCGCGGUUGCUGCACACUAA